CAGCACUCUCUCUCUACCGUACUACGUACUACCAUCACUUUCUCAAUUCUAUCUACGGUGGAUGGUGGCGGCGGCGUGCUUCCUCUGCUCUGCGGCGGGAUGCGACUUCAAUCGCAGUACGCACCAGAAACUUCCAUUCUACAGGGAGGCCGCGCUUAGUUGACACGCACGCGCAGCUUUUGUCACUUGCGUUUUUACACAAAUUCCUGUUAAUUGGUAGCCGUUAGGGUGUUAACUAUUCGGGAUUCGGAUCAAAUCGAAGGAUGGAUCCGCAAGCUGCGAUGUUCAAUUACGGAGGAGCGGCAGCAGGAUCCUGCCUUGGUCAUAGCAAUGCGCAGUUGAAUUUGGCGGAGAUCUGGCCGUUUCCUGUCAUGCCUGGUCGAGCGAUGUCAUAUGCUUUGGUGCCGCCGGCAACGAAUAUGAAUGCGGUGGCGAUACAUGAUCCUAUGGAUUUCGAUCGAAGAGUGAACCAGAGCGCUGGCGGAGCUAGGAAGCCACAAGAGGAAGAUAAAUCUGUUAAGCGUGGGGCCUCUGCCAGCGGCAAUGGCAUGAGUGAUGAAGGAGACAAUAAAAGGUUGAAGAUGGGUGGACUGAACAAUAAACCUAAACAUGAAGAAGUUGUUGAAGGAACUUCUGGAAGGCAAGAAGAAAGAGCUGAAAAGCCAGUUGAACCACCUAAAGAUUACAUUCAUGUCAGAGCUAGGAGGGGCCAAGCAACUGACAGUCACAGCUUAGCAGAACGAGCUAGGAGAGAGAAAAUAAGUGAAAGGAUGAGAAUUCUCCAAGACCUUGUCCCUGGCUGCAACAAGGUUAUAGGCAAAGCAUUAGUCCUUGAUGAGAUAAUUAAUUACAUCCAAUCAUUACAAAACCAAGUUGAGUUCCUAUCCAUGAAGCUUGAAACACUUGAUUCAGCAAUACCUUCCCGGAUUGAAGGGAUACCAUCCAAAGAUUUUCCUCAACAACAAGUAGCUGAUACAGCUGGAUUAGCAUUUGGUUCGCAGCCCUUAACAGCUGGAUUAGCAUUUGGUUCGCAGCCUAAAAGGGAAUAUCCUAAUGGCACAUCACCUGAUUGGUUACAUAUGCAGAUCGGAGGGUGUGGAUUUCAAAGAACUACCUGAAUCAGAUCGAAGUGUCUUUUCUUUAUUUAUAAAUUGAACUUUUUUUUCCUUCUGAAAACUGAUUUUUACCGCUUCAAAAGAGAUAGGUGGUUGUGGCAAAAUUGAUUUGUGUUUUUACUAUACGUGGACCGUGGUCAGAGAAACAUCUUUUUUAUUCAACUUUGUGUUGAUUUUAGAGUUUGAGUCAUGCGUUAAUACGCCCAGAAACUUCGAUCAUUGGAGCACUAUAGGAAUGGGCAAAGCUAGGUUUGGUUUUUACCAAGUUUGAUGUUUUAAUGAUGUUAUUUAUAAGCUAGUGGUUAGGUUUACACUUGUACGUUAACUGGUUGAGAUAUUAUUACUGAAGUUAUUUGGGAGCUGUGUUUUUGUAGUGCUUCUAAAACUUUAACUGCCAUUUAAUGGUCUUUUUCAUACUCCCUCCGUUUCUGAAACAAGUUCCACAUUUGACU